AUGGCUACGAACGCAGUCGCUUACGAUACGACCAAAUUCCGAAUCUUAAUGCUUCAUGGAUUUGGUGGCAGUGGAUCGGAAUUUCACGCAAAAUCCAGCCCUAUAUCUAAAAGAAUUUCUGAACUACUCAUCCCAGAAAUUCUCGACGAUUUCCCCGGAGGCAUUGAGUUUCUGUACCCCAAUGCGCCCUUGGCUCUUGAGCCGCCGAUAGGCUUUGCUGAGCAUGUCGCUGAGAACGACAUGGACCCCACAGCUCUGGCCUGGUGGUAUGGCCGAGAUACCGUGAGCAGAUACGGAGGUAUCGAAAACUCACUUCUUUUUGUCGCAAAUUACAUCCAUGGACGACCUAUUCAUGGGAUAAUCGGGUUUUCUCAGGGUGCCUGCCUUUCUGGGAUGAUCUGCUCUCUACUCGAAUGCAGCAGCAAUCCGGAAAAGGCAGCUGCUGCCCGGUAUCAGAAUCUACCCGUGGACACUUUCUUAGACCUCCCAGGUCAAGAGUCUCUGAGAUUCUUCAUCGGAAUCGGCGGAUAUCGUGGUACAUUAGAGUAUUACGGGAGUUUAUACUCAUGGCCCAUAGAGACACCGAGCUGUCACGCAUUAGGCAGCAUGGACUCCAUCGUGAAAAACUACCAGACCAUGGACUUGGCACACAGUUUCACAUCAUACGAACUGGUUCAUUUCUAUGGGUGUCACUACGUUCCCAGGGGCCGUGCAAGUGUGGACUCUUUAGCGCGCUUUGCAUUCAAAAACUCGAUUGGGGAGCCUGGAGGCCAUUGGUCUCAAUUCCCACCUGUUGCAAGCACAUGGAGCCAAUCUGAUGGCGAUGAGGCUCGAAGUACCAUGUGUGGGUCUGAUCGGUCUGUGGGAAUAUUUGCAGCCAGAAGAGAAUGGAAAAGGCCUAAAGUUACCCGGAGCCGAGGUAUACGAUUCCCUAGUCGUGCGAAGACUCGCAAUUCCUCGCCAAUGGGACACCCACCGAGCCACUAG